UUACAGGAAAAGAAUAAAAUGAGCGUAUUUUACACACAAAAUCUGCAAAUUUCUGGCCCGAACUCGGAGGAUAUCCUAGAUGGAUCAGCGAAAGGGGCGAAAUUCUGGCAACAGCCCUCCUGUCAGCAGCAACGGAACACCUCUCCAGCCUCCAGUGAAGAGCAGUUGGUGAAGGAAACCAAGCCAUCCUUGUGGCGAGGAGUGAUGGCUGCGGCUCUGGGAAGCUGGUCGUGUUUGGCGAGCGGUGCGAGUUUGGGCUUCAUCACGCCGGCGCUGCCGCUGCUGAAAAGCCCGAUGGAGGGUCUGGUCCUGACCGAAGACACACUCUCGUGGGUCGCUAGUCUGCUGAUGCUGGGAGCCCUCUUCGGGGCAGCUCUCGCGGGGCCGUUGCUGUCCAAGGGCCGCAGGACCACCAUCUGGCUCUCCUCGAUUCCUCUCGCCCUUUCCUGGGCCAUUCUCGCUACGGCAAACGCACCCUGGCCUAUUUUACUGACCCACCUGCUCUUUGGCGUGUGUUUGGGAAUUAUCGGGGACUCGGUGCAGCUGUACGUCAGCGAGAUCGCCCACCCUUCGCACAGAGGGGCUCUCGGCUGCGUGCCGGUCCUCAUGUUCAACGUUGGCACCCUGGCCUGCUACGUUGCUAGUCUAUUUCUCGAUUCGUGGAGACACUUGGCUUGGUUCGGAGUAGCCGUGACGCUUCCAGGCAUCGUCCUGCCGUUCGCAGUGCCCGAGUCCCCGUGCUACCUGGCGUCCAAGAAAAAACUGCACGAGAGCCACGAAGCCCUGAAGCGGCUGAGAGGCGACAAUUUCGACGUGCAGUCCGAGCUGUCUGAACUGCUCCACCUGCAGCCGACGGCCAGCAGCCUCAAGGGCAGGUUUCAAGCCCUGAAAGCGGCCGUGAAACCGAUCCUCCUGGUGGGCAUGGUGCGCACCAGCAGCCGUCUGUGCGGAAUCCGGGCCAUCGUGGCUUAUUUGGAGCCAAUCAUGUCCGCGACGCACUCGACCGUCAGCGCCGAGGCAGCCACGGUGGUCGUCGGCACCGUGCAGUGGGUGGCAACCCUGGCCGCGUGCGGGCUGCUCGACUUUGUCGGACGGAGGCUGCUGCUCAUCUCCUCGCAGGCUGUGAUGGCGUUCGCCCUGCUGGGCAUGGCCUUCGGGCCAGGCGGAGUGUGGCCGCUGCUGUUCCUCAGCCUGUUCAUCGUGGCCAACUCGGUCGGACUGGGACCCGUGUCCGGGCUGCUCCUUGGGGAGCUAGUGGCCCAGCAACACCGGUCGGUGGCGACCUCGGCCACCGGCUCCUUCAGCUGGGUCGUCGCCUUCUUGGUCACCAAGACCUUUUUCGACCUGGAACACUUGCUGGGCGGCAUGGAGGCCGUUCUCGCCCUCUACGCCGCGUUUUGCGCCCUCGGCUCUGUCACGUCAGGCCUCUGGAUUCCGGAGACUAAAGGCGCCUCGCACAUGCAGAUCGAGCAGCUGUGCGAACAGCACGAAGAAAACCAGCCCCAGUUCCGGACUGUGUGAUACAAAUGUUGUGCAAUUUGACUGAGAAAACAGACUUUUGUUAUUAAGUGCCAAUUCAUAUACUUUUUACUGCCAUUAAAUCUGAUGUAAAUUGAUAUAC